ACUCCGCUGACCCUGUACGCACUGGAUGUCAUGUGACGCUGACUAUAGUACAACUCCACCGCCCCGAAUGUAGUCAGUAGGACGGCUGUUGCACGAGCUGUAAACUCAAGGGCGAACCGCGCCUGUUCUGUAGGCUACCUCCGCGUCCGGACGCGAAGGAAUACCCGGUUCACGGGGCGUUGCAUUGCGGAUUACAUUCUUCUUGAAAUUGUGCAAGUGUUGACAGUCUCACUCGGUUACUAUCGGUCAGGUUGGCCGAGGGGCCCAUGCAAGGGGCGCCGCUCCUCCAAUCACUGGAACCAAGCUCCGCCAAGGAAAUUAAACGCUGGCCUGGACUUGCUAGAGGUAUUGGAGCAGCCUUGGCGAUCCUUCUCUGUGGUGGAGGGGAGGUGUUGGAGUAGCAGGACUGGUUUCACUAAACCACUGAAGUGACCAGCCCCCUUGUUUCUUUCUUUCGUCCAGGAACUUAUAUUUGGAUCACUCUCUCAAACUAUUGAAGAAACACGGACAUCAAAAGAAGAGAAGGAAUAUCUUUAUUUCCCCCUCAGUUGCCAGGGAUGGUAGAUAACUUCCCUGGAAAGGUGGAGCCUCACGGUGGCUCUCCAGUUGCCUAUGGCCUGUCCGACAUGGUGACUGACUCAGGCUCCUACCAGGUGAUGCCCUCGCCCUUCUCUGAAGACGACCGCAGCGAUUCGUCCAGCCCGCGAUCGUGCUCCAGCCCGGACUCCCAGGUGCUGAGCUCUAGCUAUGGCAGCAACUCAAGCACCGAGAGCCAGGACAGCAUUCUGGAUUACCUGCUGUCCCAGGCCUCUCUGGGGGGCUCCAGCGGGGCCGCGGUCCCCCUGCCCAUGUCUCCUCUUCUCUGGAACUCUCGCAAGGGAGUGUCCUCCAAGCGAGAGCUUUUGAAGGAGGAGAGUUUGGACUUCCCCAUUUGGUCCAGUGUGGAGAUGGAGGAGCCGCUGGGGGGGUCUUUCCAGCCUACGCUGGAGGAGAUCGAGGAAUUCCUGGAGGAGAACAUGGAGGUGGUGAACAUGGAGAACCAGGAGGAGGGCACUGUGGUGUUCGGGCUGGAUGAGGUGCUUUGUGUCAGUGUUGGUCGGGACCUUUGCAAGAAGGCCUCCCUGCCGGGGCCCACACUGAAAUCAGAGGUCCAUACUUUGGACCAAAUGGUUCCAGCUGUCACCACCUCUGCAUCCAUAGCCAACGCCUCCAUCCCUAAAAUGGAAACCAAAACCGCAGCAGUCGCCAACCUCAAACAGGAAUCAAGUGUAGGACCCGACACGGGGCCCAAGACCAUGCUUCCCGACGAGGCUGUGUUCACAAAGAGCAGUGCUGGUGAUGGGGCACCGGUCGUCCUCAGGAUCCAGCCCCUCCGAAUCAAACAGGAGCCAGGGACCGCCCCCCUUGCCCCAGCCAGCAAGCUCCCUCAGCCCUCUCCAGCCUCAGACGUCAGCAUCGCUCAGCUCCUGGUCCACAUCCAGGGCCAGACGUUCGCCCUGGUGCCCCAGCUCUUCCCCUCGCCCAGCCUCAACGCCUCCUCAAAGUUUGUGCGCAUCGCCCCGGUUCCCAUAGCGGCCAAGCCCCUGUGCGCCGGCGACGGGGCGGCCGACCUGGGGGCAGGACUCCUGAUCGGGGCUCAGAAGUUCCAGAAGAACCCGGUGGCAGACCUCAUUAAAAUGCACAAAUGUCAUUUUCCUGGAUGCACCAAGAUGUACACCAAGAGCAGCCACCUCAAGGCCCACCUGAGGCGACACACGGGGGAGAAGCCCUUCGCCUGUAGCUGGCCGGGCUGCGGAUGGAGGUUCUCCCGGUCGGACGAGCUGUCGCGGCACCGCCGUUCACAUUCGGGGGUCAAGCCCUACCAGUGCACCGUGUGCGAGAAGAAGUUUGCCCGCAGCGACCACCUGUCCAAACACAUCAAAGUACACAGCUUUCCGCGGCGCAGCAGGACUCAGCGCACGGCUAGCUGAGCUUUUGUUUUGCUAGUUAUAUCUUGUUGUUUUCUGAGGAAGAGCGAGAGCUUGCAACAUUCUAAUUUAUUGUACAAAGACAAAGCAACCAAGAGUUCCUCUCUGCUCCUCAGCAGAGCUCCCCAGGGGGCGGUUGUCACACCUAGUGCUUUAACAUUUGUUUGUUGUCCAAGUCUCCCAUUAUCGACACAAGCCCAUAAGAUAAGCUCAAUUUAACGUUGUUUGAAGUAUGUUAUGCUUUGCUAAUGUACCUAGUGUGUCAGUGUUUCCUUGUUUUUAGCUGGACAGAAAAGAAACAAAAAUAAAAAACGAAAAUGCCUUUUCUACCAUUUGGGAAGCUGCCAAUGUCUCUCCGACAUUCCUCCAGUUUAUGCAAUGUCACAGGUUGGGUGUGUGAUGCCCUCUGACCGACCUCUGAUGGAUCUGUGAAGGAUCUCUGGUAGAUCUCUGAUGGUUCUCUGGCUCGGUUCCAGUGAUGGCCACAUCAGGUUACCAAUGUACACUACUGAACACAUAGCAAGGAAAGGGCGCUAUAAGGGGGGGUUCCCAAGUCAAAGUCACCACGUGUUAAAGGUGCAUUUCAUUGCUCGAUAUGUGACUGAACUGUAAUAUUGAGCAACGUAAGCAAAUGCAAAACUAUGUAAAACUACAGUUAGAUAAGCACAUGUCAAUGAUGGUCGAGCAGACCAUCUGUUGAUCAGUGCUAACUGUAAAAUGUUUUUAUAUUCUAGUGUUUAUUGAGAUAUGAGAUAUGUACUUGUUAAUCUUUCUUCUUAUCGCAUCUGUGGCCUUACUGUAAUACAAAGCCCUCAGUGAAGAGCUCAACAGUUGAAAAAAAUCUGUUUCUUCAGUUCUAUAUUUUUGAUCAAGAUGACUGUAAUAUCGAUUUUUUAAUAAUUAAGGUUUUAUAAUACAGCCAAUGUCAAACAAACAAUGCAUUUCAAGAAAAUGUAGUGUGUGUGUUUGUAAUUAAUUAUGCAUUUAAUCACUGCCUUUGUGAAUUGAUACAGAUUCUGCCUCAACUAUGCUAAUUUGAUACAACAAUAGUCAGACCCACCUUUGCCAUCACCUCUUGGGUUGAGGUGCUCAGAUAUGACACGCCAUGGUGCUGAACAACACGAAGAAUGGCCUGCUGGGAAAUGGAGUUGCAAAAUACACAACUUGGCCAUAACAGAGUUGUUUUUGAUCCUUUGCUCUUGAAAUGUAUGCUUAUGUAACAAUGGCAUGUAGUGAACUAUAAGUGUGUGAAAAUGCCGCCCAUGCAUUAUUCAUGAAUGAACCAGAUGAUAUUGUACGUCAUUCCUUCUCAUUCAAUUUUUGUAUUUUCAAUGCCUGUUGAACACAGGUGUUUUAUCGCAUCCUAUGAAUGUACAGCAUAUAUAUGCGCUCUUCAGUAGCCACAUUCAUGGCAAACACAGAAGACUGUUCUGAUAUUCAUCAGUGUUGUGAACAUUGCUUGUGUAAAUCCCUAAAUGUGCACAUUUACAUAUUUCACUGCAUAAGAAUAUAUUAUAUAUUUUUUCUUUGUUCUACUCAAGCUAUAUUUACAAAUAAAAGUUGAGAAUAAAGUGAACAUGCUGAAAAUGUUUUGAAUUAAA